AUGCCGAAACUGGCACCCAGCCUCAAGGCGCUCAUCAAUGCGCCCUUUGCGCGCCCAGACCCGACCGCUGCCACAGCGCGCAUCACCGAGGUAUACAAAGCCAUUGCCAGUGACGCCGCCAAGCACAAGGUUGGCUUGCAACCGUGGGUGACUCUAACGUCUGCCGCCACUUUCACCCUGAACUCACCCGAGUCCCUCGCUGCCCUCCACAAGGUCGCGUCCGAAUCGGCACCUUCGAGCCUCGCCAACCCCAAGGUCCAGACUGCCGAACUGAUCCGCGAGGUCGGACUCAAAUGCAUUUCCUUCAAUGGAAUCCCGCGGAACAUCAAUUGUCUGAAUGCAUUUUACGCCUCACUGCCGGCGGACGUGACAUCGCAACUCGCCACAAGGGGCACGCGGCAACCGACCGAGGCCAACCUGGCCGAUAUCACAAAGCGCGGCCGUGGACUUUGGAACAGCGUGUACGCUCCGUUCGAGAACAAGCUCGUGGAGAAAUUGGCGACGUCGCAUCCCGACCUGCCGGUGCACAUUCUGAACAGCCAUUACGGGCCGCUGCUGUCGGAUCCGUCAGAGAGACAUGGACUGGCCAAGACUGGUCGUGUGCUGACGAGCGUCAUUGCCAUCGCGUGCCUCCGUGCGCAGACUGGCGUGGGACCCCAGGUGCUGAGCCACGUCUUUGGGCUGAGGAAGGGGAUCGAGGACGGCAGCUACAAGACGGCUGGCGAGGAGGCCGUCGAGGGCGCCGAGUGGCUGGCGUCGGACGAGGGCAGCGAGUGGAUCUUGCGAUCGGUUGACUCGAUCUCGGAGGCAUUGGGCGGUGGCAACUUUGCGAGGCCUGGAGCCAAGCUAUAG